AUGUCCGCUGUUCUUGCUGUGGCUGCUUUCGCAUGCAUCCUUGCGGUUCUUCUGCAGUGGCAGCGCAGGUCUACCGAACUUCGCCCCCGCAUACUUGGUGAUGUUCUCCUCGUCUUUGCCCACCCGGACGAUGAGGCAAUGUUCUUUUCGCCGAUGCUGGAGCACCUGAAGCGACACGGCGUGGAGGUCCACUUUCUUUGCCUCUCGAAUGGAAACUACGAGGGCCUAGGCGCCGUUCGCGAGAAGGAACUCGGCCUUAGCGCACAGUACCUGGGGGUUCACCGAAACAAGGUGAAGGUGGUGAACCACCCGGCCCUGCAGGACGGGAUGCAGGCGUCGUGGGACGCGGCACUGAUUCGGCAAGAGGUGGUGUCGUACCUUCAAAAGGCGAAAAACGUACGCACGGUGGUCACCUUCGACCAGUGGGGCGUGUCGUCGCAUCCGAACCACGUCGCGGCCUAUCACGGGGUUCGCCUGGUGAAGGAGAGCAUGCCGCCGGGGAUCGUAUUUUUGAGUUUGCGCACUAGAAACCUACUGGGGAAGUACAGUGGGGCGCUGGCAACCGUUCCAUACAUGACAAACGUCUGUUCGCCGAGUAAACAGCAGCGGCUUGUUUUUCUCAUACCCCCUCUCGCGUCCUUGACAAGCUUCUUCGCAAUGCGACUGCACAGGACACAGCUCGUGUGGUUCCGCUACCUCUUUGUGGCGUUUUCCUCCUACACCUACGUGAACGAGCUGGAGGAGCUGAAGGCGCUCUAA